AUGGUAGCCCGUCUUCUUUAUACAUUUUAUGAUGCUAAGGCAACCCUGUUAACAGAAGCCGAUAUUAAGGAAAUUAGAGAAUCUAGAGGCAGGAUACCCAAUGCAUCAAAAAAAAUGGCUAAUAAAUUUCAUAUCGGACCUAAGCGUAUUUAUAAAAUAUGGGAUAAUAAAGAAUGCCUCCAGCAAGAGGUUAUUUUAUCUCAGUCUGUUUUGGAUGAAAAUCCCAAGACUGAUAAGUCAGAACAGAAUCUUGAAGCAGUACCAGAAGUACCAUCUACGUCUACUCUGACUAUGAAGAUUCUAAAAAAGAAUGGUCAAAAAAAAAAGGUCUCUCUUGAAUUAGAAAUAAGACAAGAAAAAAAAUGA